CUGAUCACUAAUCGAUGAGAAAUCUGAUUAGGACGCAAACAGCUGGCUGACAUCGCGCCCUUUAUCGCGACAUCUCCUCCAAAUCUCCAAGAGAAGGUGAAUCACACAAUCACACACGCGCUCUGUCGCUCCCCUGUUGAUGUUCUGCGCUUGCGCGGUGCGCCGCUGUCAGAACUGAAGUACCGACCUGCUGUUAGUGGAGCCGAGCCGAACAGAACCCCCACAGCCAGUCCGAUCCGACCCACCAGAUCCAGCAGAGGUUCCCCAUCGACGGAGCAAAGCCGGCCCGGCCCGGAGCACCGGGAGUCCAGUGGAGAGAGACGAACCGGGCCGAAGCAGCCACCGUAGACACGGAGGUGGGCUCACUGCAGAACCAGAACCGGGUCCAGACGGAGUCCGGAACACAGCCAGGCGCUGUCAGUGCAGGAGUUUCCGGAACCAGGGUCCAGAUUAGGUUCCGGUUCGGUUCCGCAGGCUGACCGAUCCUGAUGUCCUCACAGCUGCCUCACCUCGCAGUCUGAACCCAGGGUUUACUGCGCCCUUCCACAGGCGGCAUCUGGAGGACAAACUGGGACAGAAACCAACAAAUAGGAGACGCUGAGGAUAUAAAAAAUAACAUCUGGAGGAGACAGGAGACAAAAAAAUAUCCGUGCGACGCCUGGAGAGACCAGAGACACGGAGAACACCUAGAAGACGUCCAGGGAGAAGGACAGAACAUCAGGAGGAGACCUACAGACGGAAACAUCUGGCGGGACAUUUUAAGGUUCCAUGUAACCGGACCGGCAGACAUGGACCUGCACCGUUGGACCUGCUUCCCAAUCGUCGCCGUCUUCAUGCUGGUUCUGGUCCAGGUCGAGGUCCAGGCCCGCUCCGCGGCAGCAGGACGCGCUGACAGGAACUCCAUCGAGGACGCCACGGUGAACGCCACCGUCAUGGACCGAGGGUCCUCCGUCCACAUGAUGAGCAGCGAGGACGGGACGUACGGGCAGGACUCUCCCAAGAUGGACGCCCGGGGCAUCGUCCUCACGCCGGCGCCGCAUCAUGGAGUGGUGGACCGGCAGGGCUGCGACCCGAACACCCGUUUCCUGGUUCCGCCCCGCAGCGUCCACUGGGUGGCGCUGCUGCAGCGAGGGAACUGCACCUUCAGGGAGAAGAUCCUGAAGGCAGCUGCCUACAACGCCACGGCGGUUCUGGUCUACAACAACUCCACCGACAAGACCGUCAAGAUGGGCCACGAAGGUACGGGUGACAUCGUGGCAGUGAUGAUCACAGAGACGUACGGGAAGGAGAUCCUGGCCCACCUGGACCGGAACCUGACAGUUCUGGCCUCUCUGGGCUUCCGUAGUCCCAGCAGGAACCUGAACCGCGGAUCGCUCGUCUUCGUCUCCGUCUCCUUCAUCGUCCUCAUGAUCAUCUCCUCCGCCUGGCUCGUCUUCUACUUCAUCCAGAAGAUCCGCUACGGCGCCGGCCGCCACCGCAGCCAGCGUCGCCUAGGAGACGCAGCCAAGAAAGCCAUCGGGAAGCUGACGACGAGGACAGUGAAGAAAGGAGACAAGGAAACAGACCCAGACUUCAACCACUGUGCCGUGUGCAUCGAGGCGUACCAGCUCAAUGAUGUGGUCCGGAUUCUGCCCUGCAAACAUGUCUUCCAUAAGGUGUGCGUGGAUCCUUGGCUGAACGAACACUGCACCUGUCCCAUGUGUAAACUCAACAUCCUCAAAGCUCUGGGCAUCAUGACCAGCCUGCCCUGUGUGGACGCUGUGGUUCUGGAUGUGGAGCGUCUGGGUGUCGGUCAGACAUCCGGCAGCCAGAGGGCGCCACUGAGCGACCAGAACCAGCCGUCCAUCAGCCUGGAGCCGCUCAGCCCCCCCCAUGCUGAGACCGCGCCCAGAACGCCCGCUGACAUCACCGUGGCUGUAACGAGUGGAGGUCACUUCUUCAACAGGAACGCCAUGUCUCCUCGGAGCAACAUCUGUGAGAUGGAGCUGCCGGACAUCCAGGCGUCCCUCGAUCUCUACGACAACAACAAGUCCUGAGACCGGUCGCCAUGGUUACAACCGCACACCAACAUCAAUCCCCCUGCUGAUGGACGGACAAACCGCUGUGGACCCGCAAAGUCCUGAUAGGGGAAUUCCUGUUCGGAUGUGGGGUUGGGAAGUCGGAUAACGACCACCUUCAGCCACAGAAAGACUUUACUGACGUUCCCAACAAUCCCAAGGUUUCAAACUCUGGUCCUGUUCCUUUAAAGCUCCUCUCCUGUUUCUGGAUCAGAACCACCCUCCCUCACUUCUCAGUGUCUGUGGAAAUGACCAGGAUGUAAAACUCUGGGUUUUCUUUCAGGUCCCUACAUGUGUUCUAGAUGCUAAAUAACUCUGAAAAGCCAAAAUGUUCCGGUAAAAUCAUUAAGAUUCCCAGUGCAGUCGCUGGGAAUGUUUUCUUGUGCCUGAAGAGAUUUGGGUCUCCUGCUUAAAGGUUCUAACUUUCAGAAAUGCUUCCUUAUGCUGAGCCUUGGUUCUGAAAAUGAUCCUGUUUUUUCUGAAUCAGUUCCUCAAGACCUGACCAGUUUCUGCAAAGCUUUGAUCAAGGAAUCCAGAGAUCAGGAACGUCUCUGAAACCUUCCUUUGGAUACAACAUUCCUGAAAGAGCGACAAGUAAUUCCUGAAAAGGUUGUGCGUUAUUUAGGUCCCCUCUGCUGGGUCUUCCAAAGGUUCUGCUGCUUUAGGACCUGGAUCAGCGCCUUCCGGGUCGUCUUGGGGAACAGAACCAGAUAUUGUCCCAAAUCUGGAUGGUGAUGGAGCAGAACCGUUAGAACAUCAGGGAAGCUCACAGAGUCCAGGAACAGAUCAGGUUCCUGGAGUUCCUGGUGGGGCUCAGACUGAGGGGGCGGAGCUUUGGAAGAGGGGCGGGGCUCCAGGAGCCGUAUUCCUUCCUGUUCCUGGUGUUCCAGCAGGGAAUCCCGGUGAGGACGAUCCCUUCAGGAACGGACUGCAGCUUUCAAGUGUAUUCUGAAUUACUCAGCCUGUAUUAAUACUAAUAAUCAGUAUAUAAACAGCAUUAAACAAUCUAUAACCUGAUUGGUUCAGUAGUAAUAAGUGACCUGAAAAUGUCCUGAGACGCUGAGCUGCUGUCCACAUCUCUCUGUCUGUCUCUGAUGAUGAUGAUGGUGGGGGUCCUCUGUGUGUUUACUGCUGCAGCAUCAUGUCUGAUUAAACGUCAUUAAAGCGUCUGCUGCAUUCACUCUGCA